GCAGAGGGCUUAGUAAAAAAAAAAAAAAAAUGAGGAAAAGGAUUUAUUUUGCGUUCCUCCAGCCAGUCGCCGCCGACGUCUACCAUCAUCUCCUCUCCAACAUCUCAAUCCCCUUCUUACAUUUUCUCGCAACAUGGUAAAGACUUAGUCUCAGUCUUCAGCACCUAUCCCCAUUGUCGCACAGUCUCGCCGCUUUCCACAUUGCCAAGGUGGCCAUUUCCCUCCAUCAACAUCGCACCACUGCCUCUUGGCAGCACCUACAACCCAUUCCCCAUCUUUUGACGCAUUUCCACUCUCUCCUCCAUGCAAACCUUAUCUCCCUCGACACACACAGCCACUAGGAAGCCCACCCUCAACAGACCCAUCUCACCCACGUUGGGUAGUAGCUAAUGUUUUUCUUGGUUCCAGCUAGUAUGACCUAUUGGGCUUAUUUACUCAACUUAUGAGAAAGUGAACUCCCAGUAAGUAGGCCAUUUGGAUAAAGAAGAAGAAGGGCUAGAGUCCCAAUCUCCUAAAAAAAUAAAUAAUAAUCAUUGAACACAAUGUAUGUAUGAUGCAUUCACCUUAUUCCUCCCUACCUGAGCAAAAAUCUCUUUGAUGCUCUUGUUUUAUGCCAAUUUCAUUUCUCUACAAAACCCAACUUAAUCUUCCCAUUCCUUACUAUUCUUCAGCCCUCAAGCAAAUUAUAUCCAUGGCCUCUAUCUCCUCUCCGCACUUAUCCCCGCCCACCCACAUCCACUCCAUGGAAAACCCACCUUUCUCCCUCAUCCAAAGCUGCAAAUCCAUGGACCAACUCAAGCAAAUCCACUCCCAAACGAUCAAAACUGGCAUCAUAUGCAAUCCCAUUAUACAAAAUAAGAUCUUUGUCUGUUGCUGUGCUCAAGAAUUCGGGGAUAUGGAUUAUGCACGACAACUAUUUGAUGCAAUUGCUGAACCAACAGUCUUCCAUUGGAAUACGAUGUUCAAAGGGUAUUCUCGGAUUGAUUGUCCUAAACUAGGAGUUUCUAUGUAUUUACAAAUGUUAAAGAGGGAUGUUAAGCCUGACUGUUACACUUAUCCAUUCUUGAUGAAAGGUUUUACGCGUGAUAUUGCACUCCAAUAUGGGAAAGGGCUGCAUUGUCACGUAGUGAAAUAUGGUCUUGAUUCCAACGUGUUUGUUCAAAAUGCGUUGAUAAAUAAGUACUCUUUGUGUGGUUUAAUUGAUACGGCCCGUGGAAUUUUUGAUAUGAGUUCUAAGAAUGAAGUGGUCACUUGGAAUGCAAUGAUUUCUGGUUACAAUCGAAUAAAGCAAUAUGAUAAAACUAGGAGGCUUUUCUAUGAGAUGGAGAAGAAAGAAGUGCUACCAUCAACGGUUACUCUUGUUUCGGUAUUAUCAGCUUGCUCUAAGUUGAAGGAUUUAGAAUGUGGCAAACUGGUUCAUAAGUAUGUUUCUGACCACAUUGUGGAGUCUAAUUUGAUAGUGGAAAAUGCUUUAAUUGAUAUGUAUGCGUCAUGUGGUGAAAUGACCGUUGCACUUAGGAUUUUUGAGAGUAUGAAGAGAAAGGAUGUGAUUUCUUGGACUGCUAUUGUUACUGGGUUUGUGAAUAUGGGACAACUUGAUAUAGCCAGAAAGCAUUUUGACCAGAUGCCUGAAAGAGAUCAUGUUUCGUGGACUUGCAUGAUAGAUGGAUACCUUCAAGUUAAUUGCUUCAAAGAGGCUUUGAUUCUCUUCCGUCAAAUGCAAACUUCCAAUGUAAAACCAGAUGAGUUCACCAUGGUUAGCAUACUUACAGCUUGUGCUCAACUUGGGGCACUGGAACUAGGAGAAUGGGUAAAGGCUUACAUUGACAAAAACAAGGUCAAGGAUGAUGCCUAUGUGGCGAAUGCUUUGAUAGACAUGUACUUCAAAUGUGGGAAUGUUAUAAAAGCACAAGACUUAUUCAAUGAUAUGUCUCAGCGGGACAAAUUUACGUGGACAGCCAUGAUUGUUGGUCUUGCCAUUAAUGGAUAUGGUGAAGCUGCCCUUGAUAUGUUUUCCCAAAUGCUGAAAGCUUCAGUAAUUCCAGACGAAAUAACUUAUAUUGGUGUUCUCUGUGCUUGUACUCACACUGGCAUGGUAGAUGAAGGAAGAAAGUUUUUUGCGAGCAUGAUCACCCAACAUGGAAUUGAGCCAAAUGUGACUCAUUAUGGAUGUUUGGUUGAUCUUCUUGGCCGAGCUGGGCAUGUAAAAGAAGCUCAUGAAGUAAUAAAGAAUAUGCCCAUGAAACCAAAUUCAAUUGUUUGGGGAUCCCUUCUUGGCGCAUGUAGAAUUCAUAAAGAUGCGGACAUGGCUGAAAUGGCAGCAAAACAGAUCCUUGAAUUAGAGCCAGCUAAUGGGGCAGUUUAUGUUAUUCUAUGUAAUAUAUAUGCAGCUUGCAAUAAGUGGGAUAAUUGGCGUGAAUUAAGGAAAGAUAUGAUGGAUAGAGGCAUCAAGAAAAUCCCUGGUUGCAGUUUGAUAGAAAUGAAUGGCGUUGUCCAUGAAUUUGUUGCUGGGGACCAGUCUCAUCCUCAAAUUAAGGACAUAUAUCUGAAGUUAGAUGAAAUGACAAGUGACUUGAAAUUUUCAGGGUAUUCGCCUGAUACUUCCGAGGUGUUUCUUGACAUCGGGGAAGAAGAUAAAGAGAGUGCACUUUACCAGCAUAGUGAGAAGCUGGCUAUUGCAUUUGGGCUCAUUAGUUCAGAAAAUGGAUCCACAAUUAGAAUUGUGAAGAACCUCAGAAUGUGUGUAGAUUGUCAUCAAAUGGCAAAGUUGGUGUCAAAGGUGUAUGAAAGAGAAGUGAUUGUCAGGGAUCGAACUCGUUUCCAUCAUUUCAGCCUGUUAUACGAGGAACUUUAUUGUACCUCCAAACGUAAAUUGACACUGGUAAUGCUGUGGAGUUUCAACAAAAGUUGAUGGCAGUAGCCCAUGAUUCUCUUAUAAGGGGCCAUUCUGGGAUAAGAGCUACUUGAAGCUCCAUCAGUACUUUUACCUAGGGGUGUGCAAACGGUCGGUUCGGUUCCGAACCGAACCGAACCGAACCGACAAAACCGAAAAUCAAAAAUAAAAAAUUUUAAAAACCGAACCAAACCGAUUGAGAAGAGAAAACCGAACCGAAUCGAACCGAUAAAUUUCGGUUCGGUUCGAUUUUAAACUGAUCAAACCGAAAUUUAUAAAAUUUCAUAUUUUUAACAUUAAAUCUAAAUAAUAAAAACAUAAAAACAAAAAAAAUUAGAAAUCAAAACUCAAAAAUCUAAAGGUUCGGUUUGGUUUUCUUUGAUUUUGGUUCGGUUUGAUUCAAUUUGAUUCGAUUUUUUUUUAUUUCCUAUAUAUACUUAAUAAUUUCGGUUCAGUUUUUUUGAUUUUUUUAUGAAAAUAACCGAACUGAACCGAUUAACUGAAAUUAUCAAAAUUAUAAACCGAACCGAACCGAUUAAAUUUUAAAACAAAACCGAUUGAACCGAAUUAAUCGGUUCGGUUCGGUUUUUCGAUUUAAACCGAAAACUGCUCUCCCCUACUUUUACCGGACAAGUAAGUUGAGAAGCAUUGAGAAGUGGGUGCUACAUUGUAAUAUUUGCCAAAAAUGCAAGGGUGAAUUAGUGCCAUACCCUGGGUGAUUGUAGCCCUUGACUAUCCCUUCACAAGACUAGCAUUGUAUUUCCAUGGAUUUUGUUGAAUAGCUGCCCAAAUCUGAGGGGAAGGAUACAAUAUUGGGGGUGGUAGAGAGGUUUACCAAAUUUGCACAUUUUAUACACUUGACUCAUUCUUUUACCGCUGAGAAAGAGGAUAAGCUCUGUAUUGAUAACAUUUUCAAGUUGCAUGGCAUUUCUAACAACAUAGUUUCUGAUACAGACAAAAUCUUCACAAGUUUGUUUUGAAAUCAUCUUUUCAAGGCUUUGGAUAUUAAUUUGCAUUUCAGUACUGUUUUAUCAUCCUUAGUCAGAUGGCCAAACUGAAAGAUUGAAUAAAUGUUUAGAAAAUUACUUCAGCUGUAUGACUUUUCAUCAACCUCACAAAUGGUGCAAAUGGUUGAGCUUAGAAAAGUGGUGGUAUAAUUCUAAUUACUACAGAAGUAUUAAAAUGCCACACUUCUAGGCUUUAUACGGCUACCCUCCAAAUUGUUUGACUGUGGGCACAACUUCUGUCAGUAGUUAAGGUGGAGGAUUUCUUAUAAACUAAUUGCUGGUAGCUCAGAUCAUAAUGAAGCAAUAUGCUAGUUCUAAGAGAACUGAAUGAAUUUGAAGUUGGAGAUUGGGUGUAUUUUUGAAGCGUCAUCUUUAUAGACAGACUUUUUUGAGACCUAGGAAGCAUGCUAAGCUUUACACCAAAUGCUGUAGUCCUCGUCUCAUUUUCCAAAAGAUUGGAUCAGUUGCUUACAUAAAAACUCCAUUUGCCCGAUGAUGCUUUGAUUCACGAUGUUUUUGAUGUCACUUCUAACGAAGAAGAUGGGUCCAGAUCAGUCAGUUCAAUCUUCUUUGCCUGACCAUACCAAGUAUGGACAGUUUCAUCUUAAACCUCUUUCAAUUCUGGACGCUAAUACUAUUAGAAGAGAGAAUCAUUCAGUGCAUCAAGUGUUGAUUCAAUGGAGCACUUUACCUCUUCAGAAUUCCACUUGGGAGGAUGUAGAUUUUAUAAAGCAUCAGUUUCCUGCUUUCAGCCGGAAGGGAUGUUGAGAAUGUUAGUAUGCAGUGUAUAGCAGAGGACAAAAACUUGAGUUAGCUGGUUAGUUGAGCUGAGAGCUGAGUUGGUUAAGUAGUUAGCUGUGUAACAGAUUUGUAAACAAUUUUAGAGGAGAAUAGCCGAGGAUUAAUUGCAUA